UAGCUUUGAGUUAGUGGAGGAAUACACAUUUUCCCACUAUCUUCUUUUCUUCCUCACUUUCCUCUCUAGCCACCAUUGUUAACCCUUGCUUUGACCUUGCAUUUCCACCAACUUCCCCUCACUUUCUCACCUCACCAUUAAAGAGUCUUUGGUUAUAUAUUAAUUUCAAUACCAUCUCUUUAAAUCGUCACCUUCUCUAAACGAAAGAGUAGUACUGUAUGUGUGGAAAGAAGUAAUAAGCCUUGUAAACCAAGCGUCCAUGGAGGGAAGAGAGGGAGUGAUGAUGAGAGAGAAAAGGCUUUAUGAAGCAUCCUUGAGUGGGGAUGUUGAGUCCUUGAAUCAGUUACUAGAAGAAGACAAACUUGCUCUUGCCCGAGUUUCACUCACUUGCUUCAACGAGACUCCUCUUCACGUAGCCUCCAUGCUGGGUCACCUGGAAUUUGCAAAGGCUAUUCUCAGUCACAAGCCAGACCUGGUCACCAAGUUGGACUCACAGCGCCGUUCGCCUCUUCACUUGGCCUCUGCAAAUGGGUAUGUUGAGAUGGUGAAGAUUUUGUUACGUGUGGACACCAGUAUGUGUCUUGCUCACGAUGUAGAUGGAAGAACUCCUCUUCAUGUAGCUGCUAUGAAAGGCGAAAUUGACGUUCUGAAUGAGUUGGCUCAGGUGAACAAGGAAGUGAUCAAGUACACCUUCGACAGGGGAGAGACUAUUCUGCACUUGUGUGUGAUAUAUAAUCGUUUCGAAGCUCUAAAGCGAUUACUGGAGUUGUGUCCAGAUGAUGAUCUUGUGAAUGCCAAAGAUGAGCAUGGCAACACCAUUUUGCACACAGCUACUUCCCUCAAGCAGAUGGAGACUAUCAAAUAUCUGCUUAAUAGAAAUGGGGUUAGAGUGAAUGUAGUGAAUGCAAAUGCAUUCACUGCUUUGGAUAUCACAAAUCAUAUCCCGAAAGAUUUAAAAUCCAUGGAAAUCCGUGAUCUGCUUAUUGAAGCCGGUGCUCAGAGAGGCAGAGAUGUACCUGCACCACCGCCACAAAGUACUGUUAAGCUGCCAGUGGCACGGCCGCGCUCAAGAGGCAACAGGCACUUGGUGAAGAAGCAGGACAUGAUUAAUUGGUUGGAGAAAAGGCGUGAUUCUCUCAUGGUAGCUUCAACUGUGAUUGCAGCCAUGGCUUAUCAGGCCGGGGUUAACCCUCCUAGCGGUGUUUGGCAAGAGGAUAAAGAAGGAUAUCAUAAGGCUGGAACAUCCAUUUUGGCUUCUAGACUUCCAAAGUGGUACCUAUUAUUUUGGGUUUGUAACACAGCGUCUUUUGUUGCUUCUCUAAGCACAAUGUUUUUGCUUAUAAGUGGGAUACCUUUGAAGAAAAGAUUUAUCAUGUGGAUUCUAAUGGCUACAAUGUGGGUGACAAUGACGUUCAUGGCACUCACCUACUUAGCUUCAAUGUUUGCCACUUUGUCUGACGACCACCCCGAAAAGUGGACGGCGAUGGCUUAUAUUGUUAUAAUAUCGGUGCUGGUUUGGUUGGCACUAAUUGCAAUUGUUUUCAUCAUACACACUUACCGCAUCCUAAAAAGGAUCGUCAUAAAGUGUUGCGGUCUUUGUCGGAGGAAUGGAAAUGAGGUUGCAGGACAAAAUGUUUGAGUGCCAUCGAUCCUGAUCAUCAGUUGGCCAGAGCCAACAAGUUCAACAACAAUUAUAAGAUUCUGCAGCCUCAACUGAUAUCAUUCCUUCAUAAUGUCUGAAUGCUGUGCUAUCUAUUACAACAUAUAUGUAAUUUGCUAGUCAACUUGCUACUCAUCAUAGCUAUGUAAUCCCUUUUUUUGGAAGGUACAUCUGUCUUGUAUCUCGGUUUGUAGCGCACUGAUGUUUUAACUGUCUCUGUGACUGGUUAUUAGCUAGCGUGAAAUAAGUCAUUUGCUUUAUUUUUCUUACUAGAAAA